AUGGCCAGCAUUUCGAUCCCCAUCGACAGCAUCACCUCGAGGUUCAACUUCGCUGAGCGUCUCCAGGGCUUCAAUCCCAGCGCUCUCUCCACCAAGUUUGGCGGACUCCGUCCCAUCAGCGAGUUCCUUGACUUCAAGCGUCUCGCUAAGCCCGCCGACUUCAGUGAUGCUCAGUCGCGUGCCAACUACAACUUGAGUCACUACUCGAGCAAUUACCUUGCUGUUUUCAUCAUCCUGAGCAUCUAUGCUCUCAUCACCAACCUUACCCUACUCUUUGUCAUUAUUCUGGUUGUUGCUGGUAGAUAUUUGAUUGGCCUUCUCAAUGGCCAGGAUCUUGUCAUCGGCACCUUCCGUGCUACAACUUCUCAACUCUACACCGGUCUCUUCGUCGUUGCCAUCCCACUAGGUCUCUUUGCCAGCCCUAUCGGAACUGCUCUGUGGCUUGUGGGCUUUUUCCGGGGAGGCGGUCUAGGUGGUCGGCCGCGAGCUCCCGAAUUUGCGCCCCCUUGGGGAAGACCAUCGAGGCGCGGUCGGAGGAGAGGAGAUGGGGAUGCUGCGCCUUUCGGGUCCUGGAAUGGUGAAACCAGGGUCCGAGAAUUGGAAACAGAUGAGGAAGAUGAGGACAAUCAAGGAGGGCUCGUGUUGCAGCGCGGCACGCGCUUCGUCAGUGACCCGCUCCAGUUUACAGGUACUGAUUUGGGGGAUAGAAAUGGUGCUCUACGACGGAGGAUGGGUCACGGAGGAUCAGGGAGUGAAGAUGACGAUUCCGACAGUGAUGGGCCUGACGUCGACGAAAUGGAUUUGGCUCUGAUGUCUUCCCAGGAGAAGGAAGAGUUUCUGUAUCAGUCGGCCAUGGCACGUAUCCAGCGAGCUCGGGAGAGGGGGUCAACAGAUGUCAAUCUCUCCAAGCUUGAGCUUGAUGCAUUGGAAAGGAGGAGGGAACGCGAAGCAGAGGAGGCUGAGAGGCGGGCACGCAAAAAGAAAAGGGAUCAGCGUGUUGCUAUCCCUUUGACCCAACUCGAUCCCGUCUCGAAAAAGCGAUCCGGGAGCAAAUCACAGCUGUCAUCGCGACACCAGUCUGCGACCGACUUAACAGAUGCUGGAGAGCUUCGAGCCCUCCCACCUGUUGGCCACUUUCCUCCGCCUGCAAACUCGCGAGCACGACCGCGGUCGGGCACGGCCAGCUCUCAACGGCCGCUGACAAUAGGCUACGAUGACCAGUAUGAGCAAUCAGAACUCCCAGGUUCGAGACAGACCUCUGAUUCGCUAUCACGAUCUCGCUCCUCGAAAUAUUAUGAUGACGGCGCUGCGUCAUCAUCAUCAGGAAGUCGAUCGCUUGAUCCGUUCAAGUUUCAGACAGAGGGACCGCGUUCGUCGCGUUCGUCUGGCGCUGCGGCCGCCUCGAAACGACAUACGAUGCCGCCAGAAUCCUCGUACAGGACGAGAUCUGGUAGGACCAGAGGCGCCGUCAAAAGGACACCUAGCUCAGGCGAAACCAGCGAGGAAGGAAAUGCCGCAAGUGAUGAAAGCACCGAUGAUUAUGACAGUGGAGCGCGAGUCAAACAAUCUCCUCCAGGUCGUCAGGAAGCGAUUGUCGUGGAAGAUUCACCUGAGCCUGAACCUGCCAAGAAGAAGAGCCCAUCUCCAACCAAGCGAAAGCCAGUUGCCAGCAGGGUGCGGAGGGGUAAGAAGAAAUGA